AAAGAGCGUAGGUAGGGUGGGUGGUUCAAGAACUACGGUGAGGGUUUUCAAAUUCCUUCCUUAAUCAAUACUAUACUAAUUUUUCCCAACUUUCUUUAUUACCAAUACGUGAAACCCAUCUCCUUUUAUUUCAUGAAAGUUGAAAUCUUUGAUCUGUAAUUGUUGAAAUUAGGGGGGCAAUUUUGUAAUGUCUACACCACCGAGAAAAGUGUUUUCCGGGUGGACGAUGACGCCAAGAACCGAUCCGGCAAACAAGACACUUUCCAAGGGAAAAGAUAUGGGUUUGUCAGUCCAAGAUUGUGAUAAUAUGGAUAAAGUAGUGCUACGUGAGAAAGUUUCAAAGCUUGAAGAUGAGCUUGUUGACUAUCAAUACAAUAUGGGUCUUCUCUUGAUUGAGAAAAAGGAGUGGUCUGCUAAGCUUGAAGAAAUUAAGCAAGCAUUAAAUGAAGCAAAUGAGGCCUAUAGAAGAGAACAAACAGCUCACUUAAUUGCUCUAUCUGAAGUGGAGAAACGGGAGGAGAAUUUGAGAAAAGCAUUGGGUGUUGAGAACCAAUGUGUGCGUGAGUUAGAGAAGGAAUUGCGCGAGAUGCGCUCUCAGUAUGCUACUAAUAAAUAUGUAGCUGAUUCGAAAUUAGACGAGGCAAAGGCAUUGGCUACUAGUGUUGAAGAGAAUUCACUACAAGUAGAAUUGAAAUUGCAUGCAGCUGAUGCCAAGAUUGCUGAGGUGAGUAGAAAAAGUUCAGAUGUUGAGAGGAAACUACGUGAUGUUGAGGCUCAAGAAAAUGCACUUAGAAGAGAACGGUCCUCUUUCAAUACCGAGCGCGAAGCUCAUGAGAGUGCUCUAUCUAAACAAAGGGAAGAGUUGCGAGAAUGGGAAAGAAAACUGAAGGAAGGAGAGGAGAGGCUGGCUGAUGCCCGAACACUGCUUAACCAACGAGAGCAGCGAGCAAAUGAGAAUGACAGCAUUUUGAGGCAGAAGCAGAGUGACCUUGAAGACGAGCAGAGGAAAAUUGACAUAGCUAAUUCAGUUUUGAGGAAGAAAGAAGUUGGUAUGAGCAGCCGACUAGCUAGCCUUGCUUCUAAUGAGAAGGAACUUGAGGACGUGAGGAAGACCCUGGAGAUAAAAGAGAAAGAACUAGAUGAACUACAGGAAAAACUAAAUGCAAAAGAAAGAGAGGAGAUUCAAAAGCUAAUGGAUGAACACAGAGCUAUCCUGCAAUCUAAGGAAGAGGAGUUUGAAUUGGAAAUGAAGCAGAGGCAUUCGUCACUAGAUGAGGAACUGAAAAGCAAGGUGAUUGAACUAGAGAAGAAGGAAGCUGAAGUUAAUCACAUUGAUGAAAAGCUCACAAAACGAGAACAGGCACUUGAAAAGAAAAAUGACAAAAUGAAAGAGAAGGAGAAGGAUAUUGAAUUGAAGCUGAAAGCAUUGAAGGAAAGGGAGAAGUCUCUGAAAACUGAUGCGAAAGAAUUGGGAACUGAGAAGAAGCAGAUAUUUACUGAGAAGGAUAGUUUACUGGCUUUAAGGGUUGAACUUGAAAAUGAAAGAGCUCAACUUGAAAAACAACAGCUCAAGAUUAAUGAGGAAAUUGAGCAGCUUAAAAUAACUGAAGCUGAGAAAAUGGAACAUGCUCGCCUUCAAUCAGAACUGAAGCAGGAGAGAGACAAGUGCAGAGAUUUACGAGACACUCUUCUGAAGGAAGCUGAGGAUUUAAAACAGGAAAAAGAGAGGUUCGAGAAAGAAUGGGAAGAGCUGGAUGACAAAAGAUCUGAGAUCAAGAAGGAGUUGCAGGAAUUCAAUGAAUUAAAAAAGAAAUUUGAAAAACUGCGGCACACUGAGGAGGAAAGGUUAAACAAGGAGAAGCUGGAAACCGAAAAUUAUGUUCAGAGAGAGUUGGAAGCCCUUACAGUGGCACAAGAGACAUUUGCAGCUACAAUGGAUCAUGAGAGGUCAGUAUUAGCUGAGAAAACUCAAAGUGAGAAAAUCCAAAUGCUUCAUGAUUUUGAAAGAAAAAAACGAGAACUUGAGAGUGAAAUGCAGCGGAAGCGGGAGGAAAUGGAGUUUGCGCUGCAUGAGCAGCAGAAACUCUUUGAGGAAGAGAGGCAGAGGGAACUCAGUAAUGCUAACUACUUAAGGGAAGUUGCCCGUAAGGAAAUGGAAGAGAUGAAGUCAGAAAGAGUUAAGCUGGAGAAGGAUAAACAGGAAAUUUCUGCAAAUAAGAUGCAUCUUGCAGAACAACAGCUAGAGAUGAAAAAAGAUAUCGAUGUGCUCGAUGGUUUAAGCAGGAAGUUGAAGGAUCAAAGGGAAGCUUUUGUAAAGGAAAGGGAGAGGUUCAUUGCUUUUGUCAAGAAGCAGGAGAGUUGCAGCUCAUGUGGAGAGGGAAUUCGUAUAUUUGAGCUUUCCGACCUUCAAGCUCUAAAUGAUGUGGAGGAUUUCAAUGCCCCUCCCCUGCAAAGUGAAUAUUUUACUGACGGUCUGCGGGACAUUACACCUGGAAGGGCUAACAACGAGUUGUCUCCUGCCGGAACCAUGUCUUGGCUUCGAAAAUGUACAACAAAGCUUCUGAAAUUCUCACCAGGUAAGAAAAAUGAGGAUCCUGCAUCUCAAAAUCUCAUCGGUGGAUCUUCUCUGGAAGAGAAAUUUGUUGGCGAAUUACCUGAUGAUAUGUCGAACAAAGAUCAACUAGAUCUGGCUGUCUGUAUCAGUGACACGUGUAAUGACCAAAAACUUCAAACGGAUAACAGCGUUAGAGAGGUGGAAGCUAGCCAAGAUAUUCCUGAAGACUCUCAGCAUUCCAACAUGAAAUCUGGCCAGCGCAGACCCGUCAGGAAAGGGCGUGGUAAAAAUAGCAAGACAGGUCCGGCUAAUUCAAAAGCCGCAGGUGCAAAAAAUCUUAAGGAGUCUGAGAGUGCGCACAUCAAUGGAGGUUUGGAGACCUCAAUGAAUGUGAAUGGGGAGAGCCAGAAAGAAGAAUCUAGUCUCUUGGGUGGAGCGCGAAGUAAGACCAGAAAGCGUACUCGCAUGCAUGCAUCACAUGCAACCGCAAGUGAAUUUGAUGGAAGUCAUAGUGAUGGACAGUCGGAUAGUGUGACAGCCACCAGUAGGAGGAAGAGGAGACAAAAGGCUGCCCCUUCUUUGCAGACUCCUGGUGAAAAAAGAUACAAUCUCCGCCGUCCCAGAAGUGCUGCUGUAGCAACCGCUAAUGGAUCCUUGCCAGAGCUGGUCUCAAAAUCUCAGGAAGAAAAUGGGGACUUCAAAGCCAUGCCAGCAACUCCCGCAGCGGUCAGUGGUGGAGAACUCAGAAACUCUGACGCUGCUCUUCCCACUGUAGCCAAUAGCCCUUCGAAGGAUGCAGCAGACGAUCAGGGAUGCAGUGCUGAUAUAGCUAAUGAAUUAGUAGAUGAUACGGGGAUAAGUGAAGAAGUGAACGAAACACCAGAAGGACCCUCAGCUUACAGUGUCUACGACGAGGACCCCACUGUGCGAGAAGAUGGAGAACGGGAUGAGGAUGAUGAAGAGGACGAGGGCGACGAGGAGGAAGAGGUCCCACAUCCUGGUGAAGUCUCAAUAGGGAAGAAGAUUUGGAAUUUCAUCAGCACAUAGUGAAAGCCCGGUGUGCAUCGGUUGCAUGUCUGAGGGUAGUUUUUCUAGGCAUGUUGACGAGUAUUCCAUUUAUUUUGCUACUUUUAGAGCAGUUCGAUGCUUUUAGAGUUUGUGUAGUGGUGUGUGAUCUUACUUGAAAUGAGAUGAAGUGAAACAGAAGUUAGUUCAGGUAGUAGCUUUUUUAAUGUUUGUGAUUAGGGUGUCAGGUGCUUGCAUAUUGUUUAACAAUCUUAGUGUCCAUAAUCUUGGUAGGCACGAUUUGUAACACUAGAUUUCCCUUUACUGAAAUGUCAUUGAAACCAAUGUUACAAUAA